GUGAUUGUUGACAGCAGCCACGGACAGCCACCGUAGCUUAGGGUAAGCUUGAUACAGCUGUGCGUUUGUCACGGCUGCUAAGUUCCCCUUAUUGUCAGCGGCACUGGAGCCUCGUGCGCCGUUUGCGUCCCGACGCAGCCACCUGCAGGCUGCGUGUUCCGGUCAGCGUCACCCGUCACGUCGACAGUUCGAGCCACAUCGUUGUCGAGAGACUGGGAGAGACACGGAACUGGGAAAAAUGAGCAGUAGAUCACAAAUGACUACGAUGAACGGGAAGAGGCCCUCUUCGAUACCGUGUAGACAUCAACCAGAGAUAUUAUCGCAACACUCUGACUUGAUCAAGUAUAUCUAUGAUUCAUGGAAUUCCGUAUCUAGAGAGCUAGAUAUGUGUCACAAUCAACCACAUAGUAACUCCUCUAAUUAUAGAAAUGGAGCAUCAGUUACAUAUUAUCAAGAACGUGAGCCAAAUCCACAAUUAAAAGAUUUUGAACCAUUUAAUUUGGAGGCAUGGUGGGGACAACGUGUUGUGCAAAGUGUUAUUACUACUAGAAAUGCAAAUUCCUAGUGCCAGGCCCAACAUGCCGAUUAUAAUCGGACGUUUUCAAACAGACAUAAGAAACAAAAAAGAUAAAUUGCGAUUUAACAAAUUUAAUUUUUGUUUCUUUUGAGAUUCGUUUUAUACUUUUGACAAUGAUAUUAUACUUUAAAGCUGGGGAUUCAAGCACAGAGAGAUUGUGGCAUAUAAAAAAUACAAACAGUAAGACCUAAAUAUUAAAACAUUCAGACACAAACACACAAGUAAAACAGAAGUUUUAAAA